GCGGGACAGCGGGAGAACCAGACGCGACGCGACGCGGGGUGCACGGUGAGUGUGGCGACUCCUGGUGCUCCCGGGCUGCGGCUAGCGGGCGUUCGUGUUUGCUUUAUAAAUUGCACUGUCCCCAAGAUCGAGAAGCACACCUGGGGGCAGCGACAGAGACGUCCGCGGGCGGCCCCACACCCGGGUUGCUGCAUGGUGAGUUGUGACACGUGUCCACCUGGGACGUGACAGCCUGUGGCUUCUGAUGGAGCGUCAUAGAGAAGCUGCUGGGCAGAGCAUGGACCCAGGAGAGGCACCACUGCACACCACUCCUGCAGAAAAUGAAGUGAAAUAUGAUAGUAAUAACAAUGAAGAGGAAGAGGGAGAACAAUUCGACUUUGAGAGUGGAGAUGAAGUCCCCGAAGCAGAUCGCCAAGCCCCAUCCUGCAAAGGAGUAGAUGAAGCCUCAGGUCCUGCCAGCCCAUCCCCCGAGGCAGAUCACAAGGGGCUUGGGACAGAAGCCCUGGCAGGGGCAGAACCCACCAAGCUCUCGGUCCCAGUGAAGGUGAACCCAUACUCCGUCAUAGACAUUACGCCAUUGCAGGAGGAUGCACUGCCACCCCCAGACCUACCCACCGAGGAGGACAGUGUGGGUCUGCAUGUGCCCAGCGGGUACUUGGUGCCCGCACCCUGCGGCUACGCCGUCCCCUGUAGCCUGCCCGUGCUGCUGCCCGCCUACUCUAGCCCCAUCAUCAUCCGCACGGAGUCUGUGGAUGAGGAAGCAGAAGCACUGGAAGCCGUGGACAACGACCACCAGUUCCAUGCCCUGAGCGCCGAGGACCCUCCGAACAGAGAUGAUCAAAGCAGCAGGGAAGGCAGCACCCUCGCCCAGUGGGCAGCAGACCCAGCCAACACGGCGUGGAUGGAAAAUCCAGAAGAAGCCAUUUAUGACGAUGUCCCGAGGGAAAACUCGGACUCAGAGCCAGAUGAAAUGAUUUAUGAUGAUGUCGAGAACGGAGAGCAAGGAGGAAACAGUUCUGUGGAGUACGGCUGGAGCUCCAGUGAGUUCGAGAGCUACGAGGAGCAGAGUGACUCAGAAUGCAGGAACGGUGUGCCCAGGUCCUUCCUGCGCGGCAGCCACAGGAAGCAACUCUCUCAUGACCUAACCCGCUUAAAGGCGCACUGUGAGGAAAAGAUGAGAGACUUGGUGGCCAGCACGGUGGGAGCUGUGGAGGUGCAGCAGCUAAAGCGCAGGCAGGAGUGGAAGAUGCAGAAGCUCAUGAAGGCAGCCAAGGAGGGCACCAAGGAUGGGCUGGAGCGGACCAAAGCCGCUGUGAAGAGGGGCCGCUCCUUCAUCAGGACCAAGUCCUUCAUCUCUCUAGACCACAGGUCUGGUCUGGAGGAGGAGCACAGCCUGUUCAUUGAUGUGGACUGCAGGCACCCGGAGGCUGUACUGACACCAAUGCCCGAGGGGCUGUCUCAGCAGCAGGUUGUAAGAAGAUAUAUUCUGGGUUCUAUUGUUGAAAGUGAAAAAAACUACGUAGAUGCUCUUAAGAGGAUUUUGGAGCAAUACGAGAAGCCGCUGUCUGAGCUGGAGCCUCGGAUCCUGAGCCAGAGGAAGCUGAAGAUGGUGUUCUACCGCAUCAAGGAGAUCCUGCAGUGCCAUUCCCUGUUCCAGAUUGCGCUGGCCAGCCGUGUGGCCGAGUGGGAUGCUGUGGAGACCAUAGGCGAUGUCUUCGUGGCUUCGUUUUCCAAGUCCAUGGUGCUGGAUGCGUACAGCGAGUAUGUGAACAACUUCAGCACCGCCGUGGCCAUCCUCAAGAAGACCUGUGCCACGAAGCCCGCUUUUCUUGAGUUUUUAAAGCAGAGCCAGGAGGCGAGUCCCGACCGUGUCACGCUCUACAGCCUGAUGAUGAAGCCCAUCCAACGGUUCCCACAGUUCAUCCUCCUGCUGCAGGACAUGCUGAAGAACACCCCCAGAGGACACCCCGACAGGCUGCCCCUUCAGAUGGCAUUGACAGAACUCGAAACCUUGGCAGAGAAGUUAAACGAAAGAAAAAGAGAUGCUGAUCAGCGCUGUGAAAUCAAACACAUUGCGAAAGCCAUAAAUGAAAGAUACCUGAACAAGCUCCUCAGCUGUGGGAGCCGCUACCUCAUCCGCUCUGAUGAUAUGAUUGAGACGGUGUACAAUGACCGAGGGGAGAUCACCAAGACCAAGGAGCGCCGGCUCUUCAUGCUGAACGACGUGCUCAUGUGCGCCACCAUCAGCUCCCGCCCCUCACAGGAGAGCCUCGUGGGAGCCAGCCAGCGGUACCUGCUCAAGUGGAGUGUUCCCCUCGACCACGUGGAAGUGAUCGAGUAUGGCAGUGGCCCCAGGGGAGGGGAGCAUGGCCGGCACCCUGCCAUGCACCCGCCAGAGAGCCUGGCUGUGUCUGCUAAUGCCAAGCCAUACAAAAUCUACCUGGGACCAGGACAGCUGUACCAAGAUCUGCAGAAUCUGCUGCAUGACCUGAACGUUGUCGGCCAGAUCAGCCAGCUGAUUGGGAGCCUCAGAGGGAACUACCAGAACUUAAACCAGUCAGUAGCCCACGAUUGGACCUCAGGCUUACAGAGACUGAUUUUGAAAAAAGAAGAUGAAAUCCGAGCUGCCGAUCGCUGCAGGAUUCAGCUGCAACUUCCUGGGAAGCAGGACAAGUCUGGGCGACGUACUUUCUUCACAGCCGUGUUCAAUACAUUCACCCCUGCCAUCAAAGAGGCCUGGACCAACAACCUGCAGAUGGCCAAGCUUGCCCUCGAGGAGGACAACCAUCUGGGUUGGUUCUGUGUGGACGACGACGGGAAUCAGACCAAGAAGGACAUGCACCCCCUCCUGGUGGGACACAUGCCCGUGAUGGUGGCCAGACAGCCAGAGUUCAAGAUCGAGUGUGCGGCUUACAACCCUGAGCCUUACGUAAACAGUGGAAGUCAGCCAGAUUCACUGUCCACGGCACGAGGCUUCCUGUGGAUUGGAAGUUGUAGCAGCCAGAUGGGUCAGAUCGCCAUCAUCUCCUUCCACAACUCCUGCCCCAAAGUCAUCGAGUGCUUCAACGUGGAGUCUCGAGUCCUGUGCAUGGUGUACGUUCCUGUCCAGGAACAGCACCACGAGCCCAGCACAGCCUCCAAUCCCGAGCCUGCGGCCACCUGUGUGUCCGACGUGCCCACCAUCUGCCUGGGCACAGAGGAAGGGAGCAUUUCCAUUUAUAAAAGCAGCCAAUGCUCCAAGAAAGUGAGGCUGCAGCACUUCCCCACCCCUGAGAAGUCCACCGUCAUGAGCCUCGCCUGCUCACCACGCGGCCUGCACGCCGGCCUGCUCAACGGCUCUGUGGCCAGCUACUCCAAGGCUGCAGAUGGAUCCUGGAACACAGAACCUCAGAAAGUUGUAAAAUUAGGCGUCCUUCCAGUUAGGAGCCUGCUGGUGAUGGAGGACACUCUGUGGGCAGCAUCGGGAGGCCAAGUGUUCAUCAUCAGCGCUGAGACACAUAUGGUCGAGGGCCAGCUGGAGGCGCACCAGGAGGAAGGGAUGGUCAUCUCCCACAUGGCCAUGGCCGGCGUUGGGCUGUGGAUUGCCUUCACCACAGGGUCCACCCUCCGCCUCUUCCAUACGGAGACGCUGAAGCACCUACAGGAUGUCAACAUCGCUGCCCCUGUGCAGGGCAUGCUGCCAGGCCACCAACGGCUGUCCGUGACCAGCCUGCUCGUCUGCCAUGGCUUGCUGAUGGUUGGCACCAGCCUGGGGGUUGUCGUGGCCCUCCCAGUCCCUCGUCUGCAGGGGAUCCCCAAGGUGACGGGAAGAGGCAUGGUCUCCUACCAUGCACACAAUGGCCCUGUCAAGUUCAUCGUCCUGGCCACCAGUCCACCCAAGGACCAGGACAAGGCCAGAGACAGCCCGCCUCCCGGCCCUGAGCUCCCAGAUGAAGAGCAAAAGGAUGUACCCUCUGGGGAGGGGGUCACUUUGUGCCCCAGCCAGGGAGAUUCCGACACAGCCAUCUGGCUGGGGGACUGGCCAGGAUCGGGGACGCAGCAGAGCGACUUGUCCUCAUCAGAGUCGUCGAGCUUGUCCCACGGCCCCAGUUCACUGGAGCACAGGGCCCAGGACAGCAAUGUCUGUGACCUCCUGAGGGAUCCCACCCCCUCAACAAGGAGCAGGGCACGGCCAACCCGCAGAGCUAAGGCCAGCUCGGCGCUGGUGGUGUGUGGUGGCCAGGGCCACCGGCGCAUGCACAGGAAGGCACGGCCGCCCCCAGAAGAGCUGGUGUCCUCCGUGAUGGUCUGGCAGAUCCCACUGCUGAGUGUGUAAGGUCACCAUGUCUGCAGUGUGCUGCCUGGUGACCUGCCUGCUGCCCUGUCCACAUUAUAGUGCACAGCUUGGGCACAGAGGAGGACAGAGCUCAUGUGUCCAGUCCCUGAUGGUUAUGUGACAGUGGGAUGCCCUUCAUGAAGUGCCUGGUGUCUCUGUGCCUGCCGGUGCUGGUGUCCGUGCACAUGGAGUAGGGGAUGCGGCAUUGGUGACAACCUGUGGUUCUCCUAUGCUCCAGGAACCCCGGCAGCCAGGUUAGGAACCAGGCCAAAGGCACCUAUCCCGUCAGGUGUCUACUCCUGGAAGCACGCAGUCUCCUGUGUGUGCUAUGUGUUCUAACAAAGUGCUAUUUUUCUAUUGCAUUUUCCUAUUAAAACCCAACAGCCACAUUCUAGUCGCUGCAGUGUCUGUGGCCAUGCACAUGUGGUCUGUGCCAUGGACUGGGUGGCUCGGCACCUGUGAGCACUGGCCCACACAGCUCGGCCAGCAUACCUCCUGGCCCACUGCAGCGGAGAAGGAGGUGGGUACAGUGCUCGCUUCUGUGGGCCCGGAGUGCAGGGCCACACUGGCCACCAUACGCUCCUCCUUGGGGAUCAGCGCACCAUAGGCCGCCCCCUGUGGAACACCAGGCUCGCAUGCUGGGAUGUGGAGCGGGUUCAUGCAAGGCGUGUGCCAAGUGACAGACAAGCUGUGUCACUCCCUGGAGUUUCUCCGUCAUGCAUUCAUUGGUGUGUGGGUAGCGAAGAAAGGGAGCAAGCAUCAUGAGAAACGUUUCUCGGCACAUUACAGAUAACUAAAAAUGCUAAAUCCGUCACUUAGCCAAGUAUUCAGGGGUCAUCUGUGUACUCCAGAGCUUCCUUAAACUGUCAUCUGCUCUCUCACUGCAUAAAUAAAGUCGUUUUAUUUAAAAGUA